GUGAUUACGCAAAAAACAUUUUAUUAAUAAGGAAAGGGUUAUUAUAUAAGACUGAAAUUUAAGGAAAGAUAACGUUAAAUGUUUCAAUAUAGGUAAUUUGAGUUUACCAAACAGUUUGAUUAAAACUUUUUAAUACAGUUUUUUAAAAUGUCGUUGAAAAGUAUUGUUGGUGAAAAAAUUCUUAACGAAGUUAUAAAAAGUGUUAAAGUACCAGGAGAAUGGAAAGCGUUGGUAUUAGAUCCCCUGUCUACUCGAGUCGUUUCGUCUUGCUGUAAGAUGCGUGAUAUUGUUAUGGAAGGAAUUACAAUAGUUGAAGACUUAACAAAAGGAAGACAAUCUCUUCCCUUAGAAGCAAUUUAUUUUGUUUCACCUACUGAUAGCUCGGUUCAAGCUAUUAUUGAUGACUUCAAAGACUCAAAUAAUCCUCGAUACACAGGUGCUCAUAUUUUUUUCACAGAAGUUUGUCCUGAAAUUUUGUUUGAAAAAUUUGCUAAAGCAAGUUGCAGUUUUGGAAGAAGAGUAAAAACCCUUAAAGAAAUUAAUAUAGCUUAUAUGCCUGUAGAAAUGCAAGUUUUUUCUCUUGAUAAUAAACUAGCUCUUGCUCAUUUAUAUAGUCCUAGUCAAGCAACCAUGAAGGAAAAAAGACCAAUUUGUAUUGAUCAAAUUGCUGAACAACUUGCUACUUUGUGUGCAUCUCUCGGAGAGUAUCCAUCGAUUCGUUAUCGGUCUGCAUCUCAACUUUCUUUAGACAUUGCUCAAGCUCUAUUAAAUCGUUUAAAUGCUUAUAAAGCAGAUGAUCCUUCAAUGGGAGAAGGGCAGCCAAAACAGCAAUCUCAAAUGAUAAUACUUGAUCGCGGCUUUGAUCUUGUUUCUCCUCUUCUCCAUGAGCUUACUUAUCAGGCAAUGGCCUAUGACUUGUUAGAUAUACAAAAUGAUGUAUAUAAAUAUGAAGUACAAUCUGGUGGUGAAUAUAUACCUAAAGAAGCGUUGCUUGAUGAGAACGAUGAUCUUUGGGUUGCAUUGCGGCAUAAACAUAUUGCUAAUGUUUUAAAAGAGAUAAACUCUAUGAUAAAGGAAUUUUCUGAGUUAAAACGUAUUUCAGGUCCUGGAACAAAAGAAGCAACAACAAUUAAAGAUUUAUCACUUUUACUCAAAAAAAUGCCACAAUAUCAAAAAGAAUUGAUUAAAUACUCACUUCAUCUUAAUCUUGCAGAAGAAUGCUUGCAUGUGUAUAAUAAGAAUCAAAUAGAAAAGCUCUGUGCUGUUGAGCAAGAUUUAGCUACUGGAGUUGAUAAAGAUGGAGAAAAAAUUAGCAAAGACCAUAUGAGGGCCAUUGUACCUGUACUACUUGAUCAAAGUAUCACUGAAAAUAAUAAACUUCGUAUUAUUUUGUUGUACGCAAUAAUGAAACAAGGAAUCAGUGAAGAAAGUAUGAAUAAACUUAUGGAGCAUGCAAAGAUCUCACACGAGGGAAAGAAAACUAUUUAUAAUAUUUCUAAUCUUGAUGUUCCUAUUGUGCAAGACAGUGGCAAAAAAAAACCUUUGCCAUCGCGCAAAGAAAGAUCUGAAGAAACAUAUCAACUAUCUCGAUAUGUUCCUUAUCUCAAAGACAUAAUGGAGGAUGUUGUAGAAAGUAAGCUGGAUUCUAAAUUAUUUCCUUAUUUGAUGACUAGAGAAGGUGGGGCAUUACUCCCUGGUGUAGCAUCUACUGCAAGAAGUGCUAGAAUGUAUGGUAACUGGCAUAAAGAUAAAUCUCAGGCAGAUACAAAAAGUUUGCCUCGUCUUUUUGUGUUUAUUGUUGGUGGUGCAUCACUUUCAGAGGUACGUGUUGGUUAUGAGGUUGGCCAAGCAAAUAAGUCAUGGGAAAUACUUGUAGGAGGAACUGAAAUUUUAACUCCAGAAACAUUUUUAGAAAGAGCAUCAACUUUAGUUUGAAAAUAUUUGAAUUUACGUUCAUCAUUGUUAUAGUCUUGACUUAUGUUAAUUCUUAAGUCAAUUAGCUUUUUGGGGUACUUUAAAUUAUUUUUCAAAUGAUUUUUUUUUAUUUUUAUUUAAACUUGAACAGUUUUUGAUAAUUAUAUUAAACUAUUUUCUGCUAUUAGCAUUGUUAAGCAUCUCAUGCUUUGUGAAUUCUUAUCACUUUUUGCAAUAUCCCUGACUUUGUGAGCUUUCCAUCGAUUUUUUUUUUUCAAAGAAAUGUUUAUAAAAGGUGUACAAGUUUGCAAUAAGUACACAAAUAUAAGUUAAAGGUUUUUUUUUUUAAUUUUUAUUUUGAUGAAAAAAAUUUCUUUAAUUAUUAAAAAUAUUUAAUUUUGUAACUUUUUUUGUUUUGUUUUAUUCUUUAAUAUUUGUAUUAAUUUUAAGUUAAUAUCAUGAUUUUUUUUGAAGAAGUUCCUUCCACGAAAGCCACAUAUAUUAUUUUUGUAUUUAUUAGUAAUUUUUAUUAAAAGGGAGAGAUUUAUAAAUACUUGAUGUAGAAAAAGAAAAUUGAAGCUAAAAUGCAACUUUCGAUUUUUUUAGACGAUUUCCUAGAUUGUUAUUAGUUUUUACUUGUGCAAAUAAAUGGCUAUAGUAA